AUGGAGAUAGAAGGAGAGUCAGGUCUACAUGCACAGAAAAAUGGAAUUGUGCAGCACCCAGACCCCAUCAAACCCCCGCCAAACAAUACAGAGGAAGAGGAUCUUGAGAGUAAACACAUGCAGGAGGAGGCACUGAAAAGGCGCAAUGCCUGGGAGUCCAGUGUCUUCUAUUCCCUUGGCAAGGAGACCUUUUUCUUCACUGGGCAGGAGAUCAGUAUCCGAGAAUCGCUUGACUCUUUUGGUGCUGUCAUCUGGCCAGGCGCUGUGGCUCUCUGUCGGUACUUGGAGAAGAACCGGAAACAGGUUAACCUGCUGGAUAAAGCAGUGCUGGAACUGGGAGCGGGAACAGGAUUGGUGUCCAUAGUAGCAAGUUUACUGGGUGCCUGGGUAACAGCCACAGAUCUGCCUGAUGUCCUGAACAACCUGAACUUUAACCUUUCCCGCAACACACGGGGCCGCUGCAGGUACACACCUCAGGUGGCAGCUCUGGCGUGGGGUCAGGAUGUGAAACGCAACUUUCCUAGCUCUGUCUACCAUUACGACUAUGUGCUGUGUGCAGAUGUGGUCUAUCAUCACAACUUUGUAGAAGAUCUACUGAACACCAUGGAAUACUUCUGCAAGCCAGGCACCACCCUACUAUGGGCAAACAAGGUGAGAUUUGAGUCUGACCUGCGUUUCAUUGAAAACUUCAAAAACAUCUUUAACACCACACUGCUUGAAGACAUCCCGCAAGAGGAGUUAAGGAUCUACCAGGCCACUGCAAGGAACUGAGUGCAAAUGAGUGAUGAGGAGAAAGAACCAACAACAUAAAAUCGUAAAAAUGCACACGGCUACAUGAUUGUCCAUUAAAUGGGUCCAGCCAUCCCAUAACUGAAUGGAAAGUGCUCUACCUGUGGGUCAGGGUGCAGAAUUACAUGUAACGAUGUAAACUUACUGCAGGGCUGUACCAUUCCUAACACAGGAUCCCAAAUGCACAAAACAGGGGAUCCCACAUGUAUUCAUUUUUCAAGUUUAAUAACUUUCGAAAACUGUUAUUUUAAAUAACAUAAACAAUACUUGCAUUAAAAUGUCAAAUGUACAGUGUAAGCAAGCAUUUAUAUUGUUAUUAUUAAACCAAUUUUUGCAACAUGGUUUAUGCAAAAUGUUUUCUUUUUCUCUAGACUUAAACUACUACAGCCACCUGCUAUGAAUAAACUUUACUGAAAAAUAUUUUAACAAGGCAGAUCCAGCCUCAGGGAUAGUGUAGCUUUGAAACUGACAAAUCCAUGGGGAAGGUCACCCAAGGGAUGAGGCAGCUUGUUUAUAGCUUUUAAAAACAGCAUAAAAAAAGAAAUGCAAGGAGAGAGAUAGUACUGAAAGGGGGUUGACUCUGGGUUGGAAAGAAAAAAAGUGUGUUGUGAUGACUAGAAAUACAAAAAUGUGAUUUAUACCAUUCUCUAAAUUUGCAGACACCUCUGGUAUAGUGAGCUAAAACAAUCUAUUCAGCUGUUUAACAUUGUGGACAGUUUGGGGAUGUACAGUAACAAAACUGGGCUCAUGUACUAAUUAAAACCAACAACACUAAAACAAUACUUAACAGUCAUUGCAUAAAUGUUGCCCCCCGUGGGGAAAAAAAAAAAAAAAUUACAGCAUUACUACAAAUCAGUUUCAUGGAGUAUCAAAACUGAAGUAUUGGUACCAAUCUUGGUCUCUAAAAAUGGUACUGUUUCCCUAUCAAAUAGCUCAAGUCUACUGCAACAUUUUGCACAAGGGAACAUGCCUGGAAGAGAUCAGACUUGUUUACAUCAUUGAUUAAUGAACAAAUCAAAUAUCUCUUAUAUGACAAAACAAAAUGUCCAGAGAUUUGCAUGCAGUUCAAUGGGGGAAUAUUGCAAUAAAGUGCAUUAUCUCGUUAAUAAAAUAUUUUACAGCAGAGCAGAAGAAAUAUUACAUUGACUUUUAAAAUGUUAAUGUUUUCCAUGAUUCCUCCAGGACUAGAAAGCACAACUUUAACAUUCCCUGAUAUUUUUAGGUUGUCCAUGACUAUGGGACAAACUGUAUAUCUUAUCACUAUUUUUUUCUCUCUCUCUUUUUUAUUUUUUUGUUCAAAAUUUUAGUCACCUUUUUACAG